CGGUGCACGGGGCUCUUGAGGAUGAUAAUGGCCGGUAGCCCUUGCGCGCGGAGACCGUGCCGCCGCUCGCGCUCCGCCGCGUUACUCGCGUCAGUGGCCGUGCUGCUGCUCGUGCAGACGCUCGCGCUGUGGAACUUCAGCGGCCUGGACUCGAGCGCGAGCCGCGAGAGGAGAGAGGCGCGAGGAGAGGAGUUCGGGCGGAGGAGACUGCAGCGGAAAGGGGACACGAGGACCCCGCCGCCACCGCUCGUGAAGCCCGCCUCGAGGAUCCAGGUGCACGCGGACUCGUACCACUCCCAUCGACCAAAGGAGAAACUUCACUCCGAGAGUAACAACAACGAGAACUCAGUCCCCAAAGACUUCGACAGCGUGGACAGUAACAGCAACCUAGGCCCACGCUCGCCACCCAAAAUCAAACCUGAGAAGGUGCAAAGCAUGCUGGGAAAAUCCAACAAUGAAGUGCUCAAGUACCCAGUGGUCCAGCCUAAAGGAGGACAUGACAAAAACUAUGUCAAGAAAUCUCCCAAGCUUACUACCCCAGCUACAAAUGUGUCCACUAAUGUUAUGGUGAAGGGGGCAAAGAGGGAGGAGCAGGGAUCCAAGAUGGCGUCCAGCGUGGGACAGUUGGUGGGUCCAGGAGAUAAGAAGGAGCCACAGUGUGAGAUCAGUGGAAAAGAAGCAAUUUCAGCGCUGUCUCGAGCCCGGAGCAGAGAAUGCAGACAGCAGAUAGUAGAAGUGUACUGCAAACACAAACAGAGGGCGCUAAUGCCAGAGAGAGUGCCCCGGUACUGCCCUGUGGACGGUAAAGUGAGUGUAAACGUGCACUGGGAGGAGGGUGCGUCAGAUGCCCUCCCGUCGGCUCCGGUCAGAAUCGCCUUUGUUUUGGUGGUCCAUGGCAGAGCAUCUCGACAGUUCAAUAGACUCUUUAAAGCCAUCUACCACACCUCCCACUUCUACUACAUCCAUGUAGACCAGAGGUCAGACUACCUCCACAGACAGAUGCUGCUAUUGGCCGAUAAAUACCCAAAUGUCCGAGUGACGCCGUGGCGGAUGGCAACCAUUUGGGGCGGGGCCAGUCUGCUCACCAUGUACCUGCGCAGUAUGGAUGACCUGCUCAAGAUGACCGACUGGUCUUGGGAUUUCUUCAUCAACCUUAGCGCCGCAGACUACCCCAUCAGGACCAAUGAGCAGCUGGUGGGAUUUCUGUCCAAAUACAGAAACAUGAACUUCAUCAAAUCCCAUGGUCGUGACACUGCCCGUUUUAUUCGUAAACAGGGCCUGGAUCGCUUGUUCUUCGAAUGCGAUACCCACAUGUGGCGUUUGGGUGACCGUAAAAUCCCAGAAGGCAUUGCAGUGGAUGGCGGCUCUGAUUGGUUCCUUUUAAAUAGACAGUUUGUGGAUUAUGUGGUGAAUUCUGGCGAUGCUCUUGUCACAAACAUGAAGCGCUUCUAUGGCUACACGCUCCUGCCCGCUGAGUCGUUUUUCCACACGGUUUUGGAGAACAGCGCCCUCUGUCAAACGAUGGUGGAUAAUAACCUACGCGUGACAAACUGGAACAGGAAGCUGGGCUGUAAAUGUCAGUACAAACACAUCGUGGACUGGUGCGGCUGUUCCCCCAACGACUUCAAACCCAGCGACCUGCCACGCUUCCAGUCUCCCCAGCAGUCCUCCCGUCCCGCCUUCUUCGCUCGUAAGUUUGAGGCAAGUGUGAGUCAGGAGGUGAUAAACCAGCUGGAUGAGUACCUGUUUGGGCCCUUACCUGUGGGGACUCGGGGACUCCACUCUUAUUGGGAGAGUCUGUACGAGCAGGAGAUCGAUGGAGCGACCAGCCUCUCCGACUCUGCCCUCAGUCACUUCCACGCCUUUGCACGCAUGGGUCUGACCAGGGCUGCGCAGUCACUACAGGGCCGGCCACAUGACCACAGCUGCAGGUACGCGUCAGUGAACCAUCCUGUAUCAGUGCACCUGUACUUCCUGUCUGAUCAGUUCCAGGGGUAUUUGGUCCGGACCCAGGCCCUGAACCGAGGAUCAGCCCAAACAGAGACUCUGGAGACAUGGGUGUCAUCCAAGGACCAUUACACUGUCCCCAACCCUGCACCUAAUGUCAACAGACUGCAGCAUGUACAGGUGGGCACAGACUGGGACCCAAAGGAGCGUCUCUUCAGAAACUGGGGCUCUGUGAUUGGUCCAGAGGAUGAGCCUGUCGCCGUGCAGCGUUGGACCCGCUCUCAGUCCAACCUCACAGCCACUGUCGUAUGGAUUGACCCCACCAAUGUAAUUGCCGCCACCUACGACAUCCUGGUGGACGCGGGGUCAGAGGUCACGCACUACCGUCCACCCCUCACUGCCCCCCUCAGGCCGGGAGUGUGGACGCUCCGGGUACUGCACCACUGGAGCCCACUGGGUCAAACGCGCUUCAUUGUGACCCCACUGGAGUUCCACAAACAGCAACCCAUCCAGAGAGAGGACGCUCUUCGGCUGCAUGGCGGGCCCCUGAGGAACUCUUACAUGGAGCAGAGCUUUCAUGGGCUGAACCCAGUGUUACGUCUGCCCGUGAGCCUGGGUGCGGUGGAGGAGGCAGAGGCUAACGCUGGCCUGACGGGGGCGCCGCUACGUCGCUGGAUCGACUCUCUGCUACAGAGCCACUGGGGGGCAGCAGACGUGUGUUCGUUGGGACCUAGCGCCUGUCCUGUUAUGCAGCGCUGUCACAUGACCUCCUGGAGCUCCAAUAGUCCUGACCCCAAAUCUGAACUGACCCUGCCCUCACAGAGUGGACGCAUUAGGUAGCAGGGAUCAGGUAGCUCUGAUCAGGUAGCACUGAUCAGGCAGCGCAGAUCAGGCAUCGUAAAUCUGACAGCACAGAUCCGGUAGCAAACGGGAAGUGGCCACAGGAAACGGACUGAGCCACAGGAAGUCACUUUAGGUGGCACAUCGCAGAAGGACCAAAAAGUGUUUAAUGAGACCAAGACACUAGAGACUCAGGAGACUGAGUCUGGACUCAUGUUUGAGAUAA